UUUCAGCCGAGACUUCCACAAGAAAACACAUCGAAUCAAUCCGAUGAAAUUUCGAAGAAAGCUGCAUUUCAGUUCAAUGCAAAUGUAAAAAAAACUGGCUCAUACCUUGACGGGGUAGUCGACACAGACAACACACACGCAAACAAAAAAGUGCAUAAAUACGCGUAUUUAACAAAGACACUGCAAAAACAAAGUGAUUCAAACCGAGUUCAUUGCUCGCAAAAGAACCUCCAAAAAGAGAAAAAGGCAGAGAGAGAGUGAGAGAAAGACAGUGAAACGACCUCACACAACGCGCGCCAACUGCGAAAAAUAGAUAGACAGAAAUUCCAAUUACCACCCACCCCCCACAAGGAAACCCUUUUUGACACCUUUCCAUUAUGGAUGUUUGGGGCUUUUGUGUCAGCGAUUCGACCAUGUCGUAUGGCGGGUCCAUGCGCAGCGACUAUUACCGCGAUUACGAGCAGUUCCCGUAUGGCACACUGGAGUCGUCCAGCACAGCAUCCUCCUAUGCCGUCAAGGAUUCCUACAGUCGCGUCCAAGAAAAAUUCAAGCAAACAAAAUCUGAGAAACAACUGCGCAAGGACUGCCCGUUCUGCAAAGAGCACAAGAAGCGGCCACUCAUCAAUUACAUGCGUAAGCGGCAGCAGAGAAAGCACCAUGACAGCAUCUGUGAGGAUGAGGAGGAGAUGCAUGAGCAUGAGCACGAGCACGAGGAUGAGGGGGUUCAGCAGCAGACCCCAGUGCUGGCGUCAGUCCUGCCCACGCAGCAGAGCUGCAAGGUGUGAGAGACAGGACAGAGGGACAGCGAGAGAGUGGGAGAGAGCGAGACAAAUACACAGUGCAGACAAACACGUCAGAAAAAGCCAAACAAAAAACAACAAUUGCAAUUCGUAAUGCCAUAUUAUAACUGUAAAAAGGAGAAAAUCAAAAGCAUCAGUAAAAACAAAAACAACACACAAAGAAAUGGCGAACGAGCGAGCAAGCGAGACAACUAUAAUAAUCAAGAUGCAACUGUACCCUUCCCACAGUGACGCUCCAGCAUUUCCGCGUCUGAUGACGACAACCGACACACACAAAAUACACUACCAUUUACAAGUGAAAACAAGCCCGAAAAAACUUGAUACCAAUUUACAAGACCGCUUACUCUUAUUAUUGUGCCCCCAUAAGUACUCUUCGUCUUAUAUAACAUUUUUUUUUACAAAAAAAAAAAAAGGAAUAACACACAAAAACCUGACUGCCCUCCCUGAAUUAAGGCAAAACGUAGAAAAAGUGUGAAAAAAAUCAGAGAAAAAAAAUACAUAACAAGGGAAGCAAAAAAGAUGUUACCAGAAACCCAGAAAAAAUAAUUUUCUAUUUUGCGUACACGAGACUGAAGUAGAAAAUGUUUAAGCAACAGAUAAAAUUUGUAUUUAGUUUUUCCUAUAAUUUUCCCCCACAAUUGGAUCAGUUACAGGAAUCUAGGCGCAUAGCUAUAUAUUUAGAGAACCCAACAAACAAAAAAUCGGAAGAAGAAAUGCUUCAUUGGCGCCCAUUUAUACGAGUACAUAUGCUUUGGACCCCGACUUUUUAUUAUAUCCUUGUCUAUAUUAGACAUUCCUAUGUAUUUAUUGUAAAAAACAAAAACCAAUCUGAUCAUUGCACAGUGUUUUUUGGGUCAAAAUACAUUAUUAUAUAUUAAUGUUGAAAAUU